AGUAGUAUGGAACCUUUUCACUCAUGCAUUAGCUGACAGAAGUGCCUCCCUGCUCCCGAGGAGAAGAGCAACAAAGUCCCACCAUGGCUGUUUUGUGGAAUAAAUUGUGACAACUACCGACAAGAUGAUGAACGACAUCAUAGAGGAACCGGAGAAGGACACCCUGCUGGAGCCGCAAGUCUUCCCGGGACCCAGUAAUGGCACCAGACCUAAAACAGCUGACGGAGGCAUCCGGCCAGUGGAGAAAAGAGGACCUUACAUCAUGUCGAGAGCUCCAGCAAUACACCUCAAACUACAGAAACACAGGGAGAUGGCGAGGAAAGCCCUGAAGAAGAAAGCUCUUUCUCCAGGACCCCCUGUGGUGCAUCAGCCCCGACAAGGAGCCAAGAGGACGGUGAAGUAUAACAAGGGCUACGCUGCUCUGAGUCAACAUGCUGAGGACAGUUUAGUGGCUCUGGACUCAGACAGUGACGAGGAGAUAGAUUUUGAGCAGUACUCUUCGGGAUACUCUUCAGCCGAGGACAAAGCCGGCCCCCACAAAGAGAUCUACCCGUACCUGAUCCAGGAGCUGCAGCCCACGCUGUCAGAGCUCGGCAUCUCCACUCCAGAACAGCUCGGCAUGGACAAGUUAUAGACCCUCCAGGUCCUUGGAUGUAUAACGAGAUGACGAUGAGCUCUUCUGAUUCCCCACUUUAAAUAUGUCUAUAUAUUGUUGAUCAAAUCCAUGCUUUCCUGUUGUGUACAAAAUGGUGGACCUAAUAAUAAAGAAACCAAUCAUUUAA